AUUAGACCGACUCCUCGUGAAAGCUUCAUACAGAGUGAACUUAUCUUCUAAACAUGUCAGACCUCACAGAAUUUCUCGUCGAUCUACCUGUCAAACUACUCUCAGACCGUGGUACCCUCCCUACUCUCGGAUCAGACUUAGCGGCUGGAUUAGACCUUUAUUCGGCAGAGGAUAAGGUCAUACCUGCUCGAGGAAAAGCUUUGGUGGAUCUUCAAUUAAGUUUGGCUAUACCUAUUGGACAUUACGGUAGAGUAGCUCCAAGGAGUGGACCUGCUGCUAAACAUGGGAUACAAACCGGUGCAGGAGUUAUAGAUUCAGAUUAUAGAGGACCUUUGAUGGUAUUACUUUUCAAUCACUCGGAUGUUGAUUUUCAAGUGAAUGCAAAAGAUAGAAUCGCGCAAUUGAUUUUGGAACGUAUUUCCAUUCCUCGUUUGAGACAAGUAGACUCUCUCGAUACCACCACUCGCGGUGCAGGAGGUUUCGGUUCCACGGGAGGAUUUGGUCCUUCGAAAAAACAAAAAUUGGAAAAUGGUCAAGCUCAUGAACCUGAACCUGCGGAAGCUGUCAAAACGGAUAUCUAAACAUUCUCGCUAUUCAAAUUCCCUAUCACAUCCAGGUGAUCAAAAGAUCUCACAUAGGAAAUUUUUUUCCCUAAAAGAUGAAAGACGAUGCAUAAUAUGGAUAAGACAUGACAGCUGAUAUAGUAAGAAGGACCUGGAUUUAGGAAGGCGGAUGAAUAUAAGAUCACAGACAUAUGAUAUGCAUCAAAUUCUCCAGAUCUC